GUUGGUGGAUAAUACUGGAACAUCAUGAACUUAUUAUUAUCAUGAAGCUAAUCUAUUUUCUUCUGUUUGUCUCCAUUCCACCCUAUCACAAUGUGCCAUCAAUUCACCAAAAUCCUUUACCGAUGAUUUUGGCAAUUACUUCCGAUAAAUGGUCACCGUAUUUUUAGUGUCUAGUGUCUAGUCUCUAUGGCCUCAACUUAUCUUUCCCUCGCUAUUUACAAAACCACUCUCCUUCCACCCAUCCUCGAAAAUCUGUUCUUACAAUUCAACCUCACAUUAACGAUCUAUGAUUACGAUUUUAAUGAUAUUCUUCAUAUCUUAUCCAACCACUCAACAAACAUAAGACCUCGAGAGCACGCCAUUUUCGAUUCUUCCUGCGACAAACCAAUCAACCGGCGCAUUUAUUCCAUCCAAUUAUCACUUUAAAGGACUCGGAUGCUCCUCCUUGUCCUUACAAUUAGAUACAAUCAAAGUGUCUACUCAUAAUACAAGCCAGGAUGAUCCGCAGGAUACAGCGACGCAUAGCCUAGAUGUUAUGGACACUCAAAAUCGUCAUGGAACGACGGCUACAGGACAAGGGGACUUGCCUACCAGCAUUGUCGCUCGAAAAGAUAAAACUAAUUCCACCACUAAUACUAUCAAAAGCUCGACCUCUUCCGGAAGCAUAUCCUCUCCACAGGUGACUGUGACUGAUGCGGAGACUAUAAUGGACGUGGACAUGCCCGAUGCGCCUCUUGAGGAUAUUGAUGUGAAGAGUGAUUCCGAAGCAGAAACAAUCGUACUACCAGGCAAGGAUGGCCACUCGCCCUCGAAAACUCGAAAAUCGAUUAAACAUGAAGACAAGAGUGACGAUGAAGAUAUCCGGAAGCCGUCCGAGUCAAGGAAGCGGGAAAGUCUAUCACUGGAAGCACUUUCUCAAAACGAAAAUCACGCAGGAAGGCGCAAACGUCCCAGGGUAGAAUCAUUUGAAUUAAGCAAAUCUCAUCCUAGCAACGGAAGAUUAUCCAAUCUACAAGACAAACGACACUCUUCUCUCCCCAAAUCCUCUGCGCCAGAAUUGAGACUUGACAGAUCGCCGUCGCCACCUUUAUCCAUCCUUGACAGCCUUGACAAGGCUAAAUCCGUCGAGAGAGCUUUUCCACGGGCCAAACAGAAUACAUCAGACUCGGGUGAUGACCAUGUGGAUCGCGAAGAUCGAAAACCGGAGCGACAUCAAAAUACUGCCUUGAAUGGUACUCAAAGCAAAGAAAAUACCCCAUCCUUAGACAAUCAUCUAGAAAGUACAGCAGGCGCCGUGAAGGAACGAUCGGAGUCUCCUCACCACGGACGUCCUCACAAACGCAGUAAUUCUACUCAAUUCCCCUUAAAGUCUAUCCAUGGUUCGAACAAUAGGAGAGGGCGAAUACCACCUCCUCUCCUAUCUACCGAGUACCAAUCAGACGACUCUUCUGCCAGCGGCCGUUCACAUCCUCGCAGCUCUCGACCGCGGCAACGCACAGCCCCUAUUAGAGAUUCUAUCAUGACAUCCGCGGCCCUCCGUGAAAGAAAACGGACAGAUAGCUCAGGCGCAACGACGUUAUUGCAACUUGUCCGGAAGGACAAUAUCACAGGAGUGACAGAUGAAUUGAACAAGCAUCCUCAAGACCUAAAUCAGGCAGACAAUGCAUUGAACACACCACUGCAUGCUGCAAGUCUCGUGGGUUAUGUUCAAAUUGCGAAAUUGCUCUUGGCCAAAGGAUGCACUGUGGACGUAGUUAAUGAGGCCGGUGACACACCGCUUCAUGAUGCCAUCGAAAAUGGUCAUGUUGAAGUUGUGAAACUACUUCUGGAGCAUGGUGCUAACCCGCGCAAGGCAAAAAAGGUGGGGGGUGACGAGCCUAGUGACCUAGCAGCGGCCUAUCGUGGGGGAGACGACGACAUGGCAUGGGAAACGAGGAAAGACAUGCAGCGGCUUAUUGAAGAUGCCAAGAUUAAGAGUGAUGCGUCCGGAAACAGUCUCUCGAGCGAUCAAACAACUGUAGAAAGUGUAGAUCACGAUACUUCCUCAAAAUAUAGCCCUCGCCACAGCCCUACGUCCGAAUAUCCUAAUGUCCCGAACCGUAUACGGGCACGUUCGAACAAAACUACGGACCAAGAUCUAUACCGAGACCUGAGUAAGGUGGAAAUGCUUCGUGAGGCAUGUCAAAACGCCGAUUACCAAAAUGUUUCCAAGUGGUUAGAUGUUAAUCAGGGUCGGAAGGAUGCCAAAUCUCUUCUCAUAGCGGCAAAAGCUGGCGACCUCUUUGCUGUCGAGCUAAUGCUUGGACUAGGUAAUUUUGAUCGCGACCCCGAACCUUUAAGGAGUGAAGACCCCCGCUGGUCUACUCCAAUGCUUUGUGCUAUUGAUAAAGGACAUAUUGACGUGAUUAAUUGCCUGCUUUCAGGAGAUUUCGACCCGACUAAACGAUGGAAUAACAAAACUUAUUAUGAAAUCGCGCUGGAAAGAGAGAAAAAGGGUCACAACUAUGAUAUAGUCGUUGAAAAACUUAAAGAAGCUUUCAAUAAUUAUUCGAAACCAGCUAAACCUUCGCCCUCUAAAUCUCGUUCUCCUAAACUCCACCGAGACGCCGAUCGCGGCCGUGACUCCAAACGGCCAGUAAGAAAUGCCCGUGAUCGGUCUUCGCCGUCGCGAAAGAGAAGCCCUUCAAAAAUGUUUGACAAAGGCACAGACUCACAGAAAGGCCAGCACGGAAGUAGUUCAUCCCUUCGUCAAAGCCACAACGCGCAAAACCAAGCAAGAAGGGGUCCAGGGCGCCCAAGAAAGGAGGAAAAUAACGCAAUGCAUCCGACUUCAGACACGGAAAGCACUCCUCUAGGACCUCCUAAGAAAAAGCCGCAAGCAUCAAAGGUAACAGAACCCGAUGCUGCCGCAAUGUCAUCUGAAAAUGAACCUUCGAAGCCACGGCGCAAGCUUGUCUCUGGCAAAGAACUAAAAGGGGAACGGGACAAACAGAGACGUGGAAGUGUUGCAUCGAAUGUUUCUACAACAUCUGUUCCAGAUCGACGCGGGGUAGACGAAUUGAAGCAUGCAGACGGUAAACAUAGAAAUGCGAGCAUCGCGCGAUUAAGCGAACCUGCCGAUGAAGACCUAAUGUCAAAACGCCUAGGCACGGAGACAGGUUCUGACAAAGGCGAGAGACAUGACAAAACUAAAGGUACAAAACGAGAUAGUUCCAAAGACAGACUCGCCUCUAUCCGCAGCGAAAAAAGCCCGAUAAAACGACAACGUCGGAGCACGACACCGCCUCCCACAGGUAUACUUGACACAAUAGCUACCACUGAGGAUGAUGGAGCUCCGUCGAAACGCCGAAGGUUAGAGGGACUUUCAAAACACGUAGCCAUGGAUCGGAAUACGCCAAACUCGUCUCCUGACCAUCCAGAGCCCAAUUUUGAUUCAAUAACUUCUAAGGACAAGUCAAAUCCAAAAACCACAAAGGAGAACACAUCGAAAACUUCUUCUAAGAGCGCGGAAGAGAGUGAGACAUGUUUCAACAAAGAGAACGAGGAAGCUCAGGCAGCCAAGAAAAUCGAGUCGACAAUUUUCGCCGAUCUGGAACACAAGAAUCAGGCAAAACUGGCUCGUGAAGUUCGGGAGGCUAAACAGCAGGCCAAAGAAGUUAAAGAAGCUCGUGAGGCGAUAGCAUUGGAGGAGGCGAGAGAAGCGAAGGAGAGAGAGGUAAAGGAGAGAGAAACAAAAGAAAGAGAAGCGAAGGAAGCCUACGAAGCCCAGGAGGCCCAAGAGAGACUAGCCUUCGAGGAGGAAGUUGCCAAGCUAGAACAGGAAGAAGAAGAUCGAAGAAUACGACAAGCCCAGGAAGAGCGCGACAGGGCAGAACAAAGGCGGUUAUAUGAUGAACAGAAAAGAAUAGAUCGAGAGAAGUCGGAGCAAAAGCGGGCCGCUGCGCAAGAACGAGAACGACUUGAAAAAGUAAGGCAAGCGCGGGAAAAGGAGGCAGAAAGAUUAUCGAAACUGCCGCUUCUACUUCGAGCGUUUGAUCAACUUCCGCAAUCUGAGACGCUCAAAAUUGCUUCUUUGCCCAAGUUCAGGAUUAUAAAAGGAUAUCGAUAUGAUACGAUUAGACCAAAAGCAACAGGCCAACCCAGUGCCCGGGAGCAAUGGAUGCUUAAUACUGACGUUGCGUUACUGCUAGGAGAGAAAGACCUGGAACUAUCGAGAUGUGAGUAAACUCAAAGGGAUACGAAAGGAGUUAAUAUUUAUUGACUGUAAUAGAUACAGCGUGGGAGCGUAUCCCAUUAGAGAUGGAAGUCAAAGAAGCUAUAUGGCCACUCGCGCACGCAAAAUAUUCCCGUGAUCCUUUUACACCAGAUAUCCUCCUCGGCUUGCAUGAACGCCUUCGCCUGGAAGAACAAGCCAAGCCUUUAUUCUUUGGGCUCGAUCUUUUCUUCGUGAAAGUAUGUGCCUUGUUUUCCUGGAAAUGGUUUGCUUACUAACACUAUCCCAGGUCUCUGAAUUUAUGUUCAUUGUACCAAGUUUCCCUCACCUAAGAGGUCUUGAAAUGGCCGUCGAAUAUCAGGAGCUUGUGCCUCUAGGCGCCCUUCCUCUUAACAAAUAUGAACAAGAUUUGGAUUACGAUCCCAGCAAUCCAUUCUGGCCUGCUCCCCAAAGAUACAUCGAUGGAUUGCUAGUCACACAUUCAAAAAUCGAAACAAAAACAAGUACGAAGCCUUUCCCGGAAUCCAAAGUAUCAAGACGAGAACUAUCCAACGACAAAGAGUUGAUCGCCUUGGCAUUGGCCAGGUCACAAAUGCUUUGCAACUCGAGGUCGAAUUAUCGGCCAUACAUGGUACCGCAGGAUCAAGACAAUAUCACGCCACCCCACUCUGACCGAUCUAGGUCGCUCCACGAAGAAGGUCUGAUUCAAGAAUCUACUUCUGACGUAACCAACCUAUCACAUCAUCUUGAUCUACCGAACGGAGCACCCACUAUUCUCAACGGAAACAUUAUGCGUACGGCGGAUAUACUGGAAUGAGUGAUGUAGUAAUACUAUACUUGCUAUGCUUGUUAAAUAAGCAUUGUAUAUAAGGCAUACCCGCAGUAUGACUUUGGAAUGUUGUGUAUAUAUUCCCCGGCAACGGAGUGUCAUACUAUGUAAAUUAAUGACACUUUUUUUUAAACAAAAUCCUCGAUAGCACGUUAUUGUACACAAAUCGAGAUUCCAAAUGUUGUGAGAGACCAGGCGAAAGGAUGCUUUUCAUAUCCAAUUCCAAUCUCAAUCCCAAUAUCAAGCAUCCAUAAGGUCUGAGAUAGCAGUGGUCGUAUUCGAGAAGUAAUGGCGUCUUCGACAGAAAAAUUCCAAACGGCCAGGAUAAGGGGUGCGGAAGGGUGCGGAACGCCUUGAAAACUAUACGCCAAUUGAAAACGCAAUUAGUGUGUAUUGUCAGGCCCCUUUGGCUAGAUGUCGUAUAAAUAGUGAAGAAGUUUCGUGAUUCGAUAUAGCUUUCCCUUUUGAAAAUGCGUCUGGAUCACUUAUUCAUUGUAGAAAUGUAUUUUAGAUACCCUGUGACUCUUUUGGGUUUUGGUGAGAUCAAAUCUAGGAUUGUGACUUGUUGGCGGUUUUUUGAGGGUGCUUCUCUUCCUCUUGGGGUAUAUUGAAUGAUAGAGGUAGGUAGGUGAUCGUACUGUAGAUUCUUUGGUCUGAUCGUCGCCUGUGAAAAGGGAGGUGUGUGGUGGAGGUAU